AUGAAUAACGAACAAGAACGGCAGAAUGAACCACCGAAAUUCAUUUUACCACCGAUAUGCAACUUGCCGGCCAUUUCUCUAAUAAACACUCCAAACAAUAAUCCUUCUGCUCGUUCCGCGGGAAUUUUGCCAAGCCCUUCGAAAAUUUCUCAGGUCUCGUUUUCCCAAGCUCAAUUGAAUAACCGAAGCACUCUAAUUAUUAAUAAUUCCGUAAGGCCCAACCGUCACAGCAUGCCUUCGCAAAAACUGCAUCCUUCUCACAACGACCUCCUUUCACCCGAGUCACUUCCACUGAACGAUCGCACCAACGUUUCUUUCACGGCUUACUGGCCAGGGUAUUACACGGAGCACUCCAUGGCCUCUCAUAGUAAAGACAGCAGUAAUAUAAACACGUCGCAGGCCGUCGACUCAUUAUGGUUCGGAAAUGGUGAAUUUUUUUAUUCAAAUCGUCAGGAUACGUCGCCUGGUGGAAUUCCGAAUAUACAACUACCUUCGUUAGAUGCGCUGGUCAGCAAUUCUCCACACGAAUCUUCCGAGAAUCGACAAUUUGGGUCAGAUAGUAUUCGAAAGCUGUCGCAGCAGCAAUGCGCGAGUGAUUCGAAAGAUAUGAUAAUAUCAAUGCGUCGAAAAAACGCGAACCAGGAUGUAGAAAAUAUGGAUCCAUUUCUGUUAAGAAAGUUUGGCUGUGGCACGCAAGACGGUAAUGAUCAAGAAUACCUAAAUCUUCAGAUCGAAAGCGAUAAUGAUAAAAAGAAAUGUCGCUCAAAUUGGAGUAAGAAGGAAACGAGAUCCUUAAUUGCAGCAGUAAAACCCAGGUGGAGGAAUCUGUUGUUGGCUCAACGUAAUUCCGAAAAGUCUCAAGUAUGGUCCGAGAUGUUCUCCGAUCACAGCAAAAGGUUCUCGGGAAGAACCUUGAAAGCAUUCAAGUUAAGGUGGGCCAGACUAGUAUCCGAUUUUAACUCUGUGGAAGAUAGCUUGCUGGCGGGAUCCGAGCCCAUCGAUUUCGAUUAUUAUCACGAAAUCAGGGAAAUACUUGAGGACGACUCUUCGAAUGAUGUUCCUUUGUUCCAAACUUCGAAAACGAAUGAAGCAUCGCCGUACGCGAAAGAGACAGCAUUCAAUGACAUAGAUAGAAAACGUGAUUCAGAAGGUUCGAUUGAAACAUUCCACGAUGAGACGCUAAAAAGAACUUCAAGGAAACGUGAUCGAAAGCAAACCUCCCAUACGCCACCUCUAUGUCACCCUCUUGAAGCUGACAAGAACGGGAAAUUGUCGUUCUCUCAAACAGUGAAGAAAGCGAAACUUGUCGCCGGAGAGAAAACCGUUGAAACCAUUCUUCAGCAGAUUCAAGAUAAUAAACGCGACUACGAGAGGUUAAUAGGAUGUCUAAAGGAUCUAACGAGAUAA